GGUGGGCCCUCGGGAGCGGGUGGGGGCUGAAGGCUUCCUGGAAGAGGGACCCUGGGCCUGUCCCCCCCUGUUCCUGCCAGGAGGAGUUGUUUACUCUGGGAGACUUGGGGCAGGGAGCCUCCCUCCCAAAACCUGGCUGAGCCAAGUUGACAUUCCUGGAAUUCCGAGCCGAGCUGUGUGUGCUCCCUGAUUUCCCUGAGGGUCCUGGGAACUUGAGGCUGCCCCUGUGGACCGCUACUCCCCUCCUCCGCCAGCAUGUCCACAGAGCCCCCCACGUGAGCACCGAGGCCCCCGGGCUCCUCCCUGGCUCUGCUGUGACUCAGGCCUGUCCUUUGCUCCGACCAGGCUAGACCCCAGGACCCUGGGCAGCCUCAGAGGUCAGCCCUGCCUCAGCCCUGGGUGGCCCGUGCUCCCUGCAAGUGUGUUUGAUGAGCAGGGGUAGGUGGGUGUGCAGUGUCUGCAAGGCCUGGCCCAGCCUCUGCAAGCGUCGGUAGGGUGGGGUCUCACAAGAAUGGGGCAUCCAGCCCCCUAUGGUUGGGGUCGAGGGGCACAAAGAGAGGGAGGGUUUUCUUACAUGUGGUUUGGAACCCGCUUGAAGGGGUCACUUCAGGGAAGGGGACAUGGGAAACUCGUGACUGAAGUUUCAGCUGCCCAGCCCCUCCCACCCUGGGCGUUGCCAUGGAAAUAGGCCAGCCGUGGGGGAGGGGAGGGCACUGGGCUGGGAUUGGGCAGAACUUGCACCGUGGUCUUGGAUCACAGCCUCAGUUUCCCUAUCUUAAACCUCUGGUGGGACCAGAAGCCGCCCACCAGGAGGGUCUGCAACCUCAGUGAGGUUAGAUGUGACCUUCGGCUAGGGGGUGUGGUGACAGCCCCUCUCCCCAGCCUCCCCUCAUGCCUGUGCCUCUGGCUGGGCAGGGGCAGACGUGUGUUCACUCUGAGGAUCGCAUGCCACGGGGGGCCGUGGACAUGUGUGCCGGACACCGCUGUGGUGCGCACACACCCUGCUGUACCCCGGAUAACACUCGCUCAGCACUGUCCCAGUGGCCCUCCAGACCUGGCAGUGUGGGCAGUGGUGUUUGCAGCUGUGGUUGAGGCUGACCUGGCCCCAACCUAGUGACCCACACCUCUGGUGGCAUUUGGGAACGUCACCAUCUGCCAUCCCUUUGCCUGGGCUGCCAUGCCCCUGAGACUGUUCAGUAGGGUCCAGGUGACAUGGGUCAGGGCCAGGGGUGCGGUGGGAUGGACAACUGAGGCUGGGCUGCUCCUGGAACCGGGGGUGGGGUGGGGUGGAAGGGCCCCUCCCAAGGUCUGACUUGUGUCCCCUGCACCCCCACAACCCUCACGGAGAAAGACCUGAGGGUGCUGGGGAGGGACAGGGAGGGACAUCUGCUUCAGUCGGGGCUGGCCUUCAUUGGCCCAAGAGGAGAGGUGGGAGGGGCGUCUCUCCCUUCCCUGGAGUGGGAGGGGGCUGGACGGGUGGCUCCAGCCUCCAGAGGCUCAGGCUUGGGUGGGAGGGGCAGUCCCCCGCCCAGGGGCAGGGGGGUGCCGGCUGCCUGGGGCCUGGGUGUCUGCCACGCCCCUCUCCUAGAGUGAGCGGGGGAGGGCCUGUUUGUGUUGGCGGCCUCCCUGCCUCCUCAGAUCCGCCUCCCAGCCUGGGGCCUGGGGGACCGUGGUGGGCGGUCUCCAAGCCUCUCUCCACCCCGGCUGCCCCUGCCUGCCUCGCAACAGGCUGCGAUGGCAGCCACUAGCCGCCCUGGGCAAGCUGUCGCAGCGUCUGGGGAGGUCCCUUUUUGAGUGGGACCUUGGUCCAGCCAGAGCUCGGGCCUGCCUUGGCCACGUUGACCACUCGUCCAGCCCCUGGCCAGCCUGCAGGGGCACCGAACACCACGUGGCCUCCUUCCUGUGGCAAGCCCAGAGCUGAAGCGCUGCAGCAUGGCGCGCGGCUGCCUCCAGGGCGUCAAGUACCUCAUGUUCGCCUUCAACCUGCUCUUCUGGCUGGGAGGCUGCGGUGUGCUGGGCGUCGGCAUCUGGCUGGCCGCCACGCAGGGGAACUUCGCCACCCUGUCCUCCUCCUUCCCCUCCCUGUCGGCCGCCAACCUGCUCAUUGUCACCGGCGCCUUCGUCAUGGCCAUAGGCUUCGUGGGCUGCAUCGGGGCCAUCAAGGAGAACAAGUGCCUCCUGCUCACGUUCUUCGUGAUGCUGCUGCUCGUGUUCCUGCUGGAGGCCACCAUCGCCGUGCUCUUCUUCGCCUACACUGACAAGAUCGACAGGUAUGCCCAGCGAGACCUGAAGAAGGGCCUGCACCUGUAUGGCACGCAGGGCAACGUGGGCCUGACCAACGCCUGGAGCAUCAUCCAGACAGAUGUGAGGCGGGGGGGGGCUGGGGGGUGGACGGGGUCAGCAGGUGCACCCCCACCGCGGGAUGGUCUGCUCUCCCCCUCAAGCCCCAGCGCCAGGCCUGUGCUUGCCCCCCAGUUCCGCUGCUGCGGCGUCUCCAACUACACCGACUGGUUCGAGGUGUACAACGCCACGCGUGUGCCUGACUCCUGCUGCCUGGAGUUCAGCGAGAGCUGCGGGCUGCAUGCGCCCGGCACCUGGUGGAAAGCGCCCUGCUACGAGACUGUGAAGAUGUGGCUCCAGGAGAACCUGCUGGCCGUGGGCGUCUUCGGGCUGUGCACGGCGCUGGUGCAGAUUUUGGGCCUGACCUUUGCCAUGACCAUGUACUGCCAGGUGGUCAAGGCGGACACCUCCUGUGCGUAGGCUGCCUGCCACCUCGCUUCUCUACCAAAGGCCGCCACCCCCGGGAGAGGGCCACACACCCACCUUUCCUGCCACAGGACUCGGUGCUGCGCUCUGGCUGGGCUCUCUGUGCACCUGCUGUGAGCAGGUGCCUGCAGCCCCCAGGAAUCCUGUCCCUGGAAGGCCCUGGGGUCUCUGCACCUGGUGGGAGGGGCGGCCAAGUUGGCUGUGGUACCCAAGGCUGGGGGCGGGAGGGGCCACCAGCACUUUUUAUAUCUAUGUCUUCUCCAGAGCAGUGUUCACACAGGGUGGAGGUGGCCAAGCUGGGGUCCCCAGCCUCCCACAGACUUUGGGUGGGGUGCAGGGGCUGGGUCUCAGCUGCCCCGAGGCCACCCAUUGGUCCUGGUGCUCCAGGCGGGGCACAGACCCCGUCAUCCACAUUCCGGCGGUGCCUGGGCUCCAGGUGCAUCUCAAUAAAGAGUGUGAGCAGCAGC